UUUCACUGGAACUGCGAAAAAAUAUUUCAGCGAACUGCUGUUGCCGGAUUUUGAGAGGAUCUUUCGAAAUGACCCCACAUGGACACGUCGGGAUCUCAUGGCUCUCCACAGGAGAAUUUGCGAUCUCUGCUGCACCGUAUUAAUUGAGACCAAACGCAGCCAGAAAGCUGGUGAAAAAGUUUACACCACCCUACAGAGUUUUCUAACCGAUCGGCUUGAAAGCAUAGUAGAGGAACUAGAAUUAAUAAACGACGAACAGGAGUUGCUCAGUGAGUAUAACCGUUGCUGGAAAUCGUACCAGGCAUCCGUCACUGUCCUGGAUAUCGGAUGUAGCUAUUUGAACGAAAACUGGCUAAAAAGAGAGAUUUUUGAAGAUCGUGAUGAUGUAUAUACGAUCUACCGUCUGGGUAUGAUUCUGUGGAAAUCGAAUUUAUUCAAACGGAUUGAUCGAUUUCUAAUCACUGCCAUUCAUCACACUAUGGUGGGAGAAAUCCACGAUCAGCCCAUUAAACGCUCCAAGAUAUAUACUGCGUUACAGUCGAUCGUCGACAUAUUCAGCAAUGACGUCAAUCAGUCUAUUUCCGUGCUAAAAAAAAUGACCAACGUUUUCCAAUCGAAUGUUAUACAGUUUUUCGAGUCUGAAUCGAAAACAUUGUUCCGAAGCUUGCUAGAAUCGGACUUGCGCGAAGAACUACAACUUUUCGUGAAAUGUGCCAUUAUAUAUAAGCCUGCUAUUGAGCCGGAUCUGUGCAACACACUGACCGCACACCUUGAGUGCCUGUUAAAGAAUUCGAUCGACAGAUGCGGGAAGUUUAAUUAUGAGAGGGACUAUGUUCAAGCCAUAUGGGGCCUGAGAAAAGUUCCCCUUCUAAGGGCUUUUGCAGAUCGCAAAGAAUUAAUAGCUAAGGUUGAUCAUGUGUGCGUUGAGGAGAUAAACAAAAUAACCGAAGGUAAAGAAGAAGGGAAUACACCGCUUAUACUUUCCCGGUACUGUCAUAUACUAAUGCUGAAUAAGCCAUCUUCCGAAAACAAAGAAAUCACGCUUCGAAAUGAAAUGAAAAAAAUUGUUGAUGUCGUUCUAUAUUUGAGCGAGGAGAAUAGGAAAUCCUUUACGAAUGACUACUUUGCACUGCUGAAAAAGCGAUUUAUCGACGAUACAUCUGCAUCGGAUAAAAACGAAUCAUUGCUAAUCUCCAUGCUAGCGAAGCGUCUUGGGAGUGAUUUCCAAGUAAAGCAAAAUAUCGAGUGGAAUGAAACGAAUGCAUCGAAUGGCAUACAAGCAAAGUGCCAGGAGUUCCUGUCAGACAGCUCGAAGGUUCAAUAA